AUGCUGCAUGCUCAUCCUCAGCUCCAGUCUGUUUAUUGGGGAUGCGAAGAGCCCCGAGGAUUAUGAUGGGCGCCAAUCACUCGCACAAAACUCCGGUGUUUGACGAGAAUGAAGACGUUGAUUUUGACCAUUUUCAAAUAUUACGUGCUAUCGGAAAAGGGAGUUUUGGCAAGGUUUGCAUUGUCCAGAAGCGAGACUCAAAGAAGAUGUAUGCCAUGAAAUACAUGAACAAACAGAAAUGUGUUGAAAGGGAUGAAGUGAGAAAUGUUUUCAGAGAACUACAGAUAAUGCAGUGCCUUGAACAUCCCUUUCUGGUAAAUUUAUGGUACUCCUUCCAGGAUGAAGAAGACAUGUUUAUGGUGGUAGACCUGCUGUUGGGGGGAGAUCUACGCUAUCACUUGCAGCAGAAUGUGCAUUUUAGUGAAGAGGCCGUUAAACUUUAUAUCUGUGAACUUUCACUGGCUCUGGAUUAUUUACAAAAACAUCACAUCAUUCACAGGGAUAUUAAACCAGAUAACAUCUUGUUGGAUGAACAUGGACAUGUGCACAUUACAGAUUUUAACAUUGCAACAAUUGUAAAGGGAUCGGAGAAAGCUUCAUCCAUGGCAGGGACAAAGCCUUACAUGGCACCAGAAGUGUUUCAGUCUUUCAUGGAAGUGGGGCCAGGGUAUUCGUAUCCUGUGGACUGGUGGUCAUUAGGAAUUACAGCUUUUGAGCUCCUAAGGGGUUGGAGGCCUUAUGAGAUUCACUCUACAACUCCAAUAGAUGACAUCCUUAAUAUGUUUAAGAUUGAAAGAGUGCAUUAUUCAUCAACGUGGUGUAAAAACAUGGUGGCGUUACUCAAAAAGCUUCUUAACAAGGACACAGAGUGCCGCUAUUCAUCAUUAUCUGACAUUCAGACAUCCCCUUACCUGGCUGACAUGAAUUGGGAUGCUGUUAUGGAGAAAACAGUGACACCCAACUUUGUCCCUAGCAAAGGAAGACUGAACUGUGACCCAACUUUUGAGCUCGAAGAGAUGAUCCUGGAGUCUAAACCUCUCCAUAAGAAGAAAAAGAGAUUAGCCAAGUACAAAUCCAGAGAGGCAGCCAAGGAAAGCUGUGCACUGAAUGGACAUCUGCAGCGGUGCUUAGAUACCGUGAGGAAAGAAUUCAUCAUAUUCAACAGGGAGAAACUGAAGCACCAACCAGAGCAGGACGGGCAAGCUUCCAGCACAGACUGCAGAGCACACAGCCAGCAACACACGAAGUCUCAAGAUGGACACAGCACAAAUAACAACAUCUUAGUACAUGGCUGCACGAGAGGUUGCAGCAGCUAGUGCACAGAGUACAAUCUAGAGACGGUAAUGGAGCCCCGUUUGCAUGCCUUCACUCAGAAACAUGGACCGCUCUUCGAAAUGUGAAUUAUUACCAAGUUUUCAAGCACAGCUCUUAAAUGAGUUUGUUUACGUGUGGCACUAAGAUUCUUUUUUUAAAUGAGAACUCCAAGC